AGGUUCGACAGUGAGCUGAGUGCCGCCCAAGAAGAAGUCCAGAGGGAGAAGACCCUUGAGGGAGAAACUGGGCCGUGAGAAAGACAUGCUGACUGGAGAGGCCUUCAGUCUCAGACAGCAGUUAGAGGACAAGGACUUGGAGAUUUGUGCAGUUAACCUGAAGUUGGAGCAGCUGGAGGCGGAGCUCCAGGACCUCAACUCCCAGGAGUCCAAGGAUGAGGCAUCACUGGCUAAGAUUCGCAAGCAGCUCCGUGACAUGGAGGCAAAAGUGAAAGAUCAAGAAGAGGAACUGGAUGAACAAGCCGGAACCAUCCAGAUGUUGGAACAGGCUAAGUUACGUCUGGAGAUGGAGAUGGAACGUCUGCGUCAAACACAUUCUAAAGACAUGGAGGCCAAAGAUGAUGAACUUGAUGAAAUAAGACAGUCGUACAGCAAGAAGUGGAAGCAAAUGGAGGUCCAGCUGGAGGAAGAAUACGAGGAGAAGCAGAAGGUGCUGAAGGAGAAAAGAGAGCUGGAGUCCAAGCUCCUGUCAGCUCAGGACAAGGUGAGAAGUGGUGAUAUUGAGACUGAGAAACGUCUGAGGAAAGACCUGAAGAGGACCAAGACCCUGCUGGCUGAUGCUCAGAUGAUGUUGGAGCACGUGAAGAACAAUGCACCCAGCAAGAGGGAGACUGCCCAACUCAAGAACCAGCUGGAGGAGUCUGAGUUCACCUGUGCUGCUGCACUUAAAGCCCGCAAGUCCAUGGAGGUGGAGAUUGAAGACUUGCAUCUUCAAAUGGACGACAUCUCUAAAUCCAAACAGGCGGUUAGUAGACCUCUCUGCAUAAUACAAUCAAUAAUAAUGUUACUUGAUUAGUAUUAUUGUUAUUAG